AAAAUCGAUUUUUCAAAAAAUAUUUGAAAUUAUGAAUAUAUUUUUAGGAGUUUUAGUUAAAGGUGAUAAUCAAAUGGUUUCAUAAAGUAUGGAAAAGUCGGAAAGAAUAAAAGUGAUUGUUAGGUGUCGACCUAUGAAUAAAAAAGAAAUUGAUAAUGGAUAUAAAAACAUAGUAAAAUUACAUCCUGAGCGAGGGAUGAUUAAAUUAAAAAGGAAUAAAUCAAAUGAGCCUGAUAAAAUUUUUACAUUUGAUGCUGUUUAUCCUCCUGAAUCUAAGCAACAAGAAAUAUAUGAUGAAAGUUUUAGGCCAUUAAUAGAUUCAGUACUUGAUGGGUUUAAUGGUACUAUAUUUGCUUAUGGACAAACUGGCACUGGAAAAACAUACACUAUGGAAGGUGAUCUUAAUAUACCUGAAUUAAAAGGAGUCAUUCCUUUGUCCUUUGAGCACAUAUUUACUCAUAUAUUUUCUCAAAGUGAAAAUGAAAAUGAUAGCAACAAAAAAUAUCUUGUCAAAGCAUCAUAUUUGGAAAUUUACAAAGAAGACUUGAGAGAUCUCUUGAUUAGCACAUCUUUAAAUGACAAUAAAAGCAGCAACAAUAACAUUUAUGCCUCUAAUAUAUUAAAAGAUAGCUCAAUACUGGAUACGUCAGCCAAUAAAGUCAGGAAAAAGCUAGAAAUUAGAGAAAAAGGAACAAAUGAGAAUCAGGGUGUCUAUAUCAAGGGGUUACAUUCAAUUAUUACCAAAAAUAUGGAAGAAAUCCAAAAUGUCAUGAUGUUGGGAAACAAUAAUAGGACAGUUGGGGCUACGAAUAUGAACGAACACAGCUCUAGAUCUCAUGCAAUCUUCAUUAUCACAAUCGAAUGCAGCGAAAACGAUGCGGAUGGAAAAAAUCAUAUAAGAGUUGGAAAAUUGAAUUUGGUUGAUUUGGCUGGCAGCGAAAGACAAUAUAAAACUGGAACUAGCGGAGAAAGGUUCAAAGAAUCGACCAAAAUAAAUUUAUCGCUCUGCGCUUUAGGAAAUGUUAUAUCCGCUAUUGUAGACGGUCGAAAUUCCCACGUGCCUUACAGGGACAGCAAAUUGACCAGAAUUUUGCAAAAUUCUCUGGGUGGAAACUCAAAGACCAUAAUGGUAGCUAAUAUAGGACCAGCCGAUUUCAAUUACGAAGAGACCCUGAUGACAUUAAGAUAUACUAACAGAGCCAAAAAUAUAAAGAACAAACCGGUAAUAAACGAGGACCCAAAGGAUGCCACGCUUAGAAAAUAUCAAGAAGAAAUUGAGAGGUUGAAAAAAAUCUUAGCCGACAAAGUUCGAGAUAGCUUCAAGAAGAAAAAGAAAAAAGGUCACCAACUAGCGAAUACGGAAUUAUUCUCCCCACCAAUUAGCUCCUCUUCUGACCCCACCGACGAAUCUCGAAUGGCAGAGAGAAUGAAAAUGCUGGAACGAGAGAGAAUGGACGUCAUCAAUGACCAUAAUAUGAUUAAGGAGGAGAAGGAAAAAUUAUUAACUCGGCUGGAGGAAAGAGAGAAUGCCUUGUACGAAGAGGAAAUGGCUCAAGCUAAAUUGAUCGAAAGAAUUAAAGAAAUCGAAAGUAAAUUACUCGGCGCAAACUUGGACAUCAUAAAAAAUCCUCUUUCUCAGCAAGAUAAGGAUUUGGCCGAAAAACGCAAACAAAUUGCCGAGGAAAAGAGGAGAGAAAGAGAGAUUUUGCAACAACUCGAAGCGGCCGAAGAAAACACGCUCGAAACGAAAGAAACUUUUCAAUCUCUCCAGCAAGAAAUCGAGAUAAAGACCAAAAAAUUGAAAAAAUUAUUCAACAAACUGCAAAGUUUGAAUAGCGAAAGGAAAGACCUCAAAGAAAUGAACGAUAAAGAGAUGCAAGACUUGAUCCGACAACAAAAGGAAAUCGUGAAGGAAUCCAAAUUUAGGUUGAUGGUUAUCGAAAAUUUUGUUCCACCGCAGAUCAAAGUUAGGUUCCUCAAAUUUUCUAUCUACGACGAAAACAGGGAGGAAUGGCUUCUCGUUGACGAUAAAAGCCUCGACCCUAAAAAUCUCGAAAAUAAUUCUCUCUCUAAGAACAAAGAGUUUAUGGACGAUGUUAUGAGCCUUUCCUUCUUUUCGGACAUUAACAAGAGAUUGUUACGAUACGACGAUGAAGGCAUCAUUAAAAGACCACUUUCAUCUCGCGGUUAUCAUUACAAAUCAGUAUUGCCCAAUUCCAUAGUCAGAAGAGAAUUAGCCAGAGUGAUAAGAGGCAAAGGCCAGAUGUCGAUCGAAAAUCGUGAAAAAUAUUUGCCCUUCAAUACGUUCCCCAUUUCUUCUCCUUUAAGCGGGCUUAUCCGCCCCGACCCAGUUCGUUUAGAGAAGCCUGUCAACGACAUCAAUCACCCUAAUCAAGAGGAGAACGGCGCAACGGAAAAACGCUCUAUCGAAAACAAACCUAAUAAUACCCAUAUCGUGGACGUGAAAUUACUCAUGGCUAUGUCUAAUUCUAUUGGAGAUGAAAAAACCAGGAAAAAUAAUGAUAAAAACAAAAAUUUGCCCGCCGUUUUUAGAUGCCAAGACACGGAAGAGGAUAAUGUUAAUCCAAAAAACUUGCGACAGUCCAAGGAUAUUCACGGGAAAAAAAUAAAAUCCAAGAGAAUACGGUAACUCUCAGCUAUUUUUAUCUCGCAAUUUUAGCAUUCCUUACAUUAUUACUCAUCUAUCCAGCUUUAACCGAAAAUUUUACUUACCAUAUGUUCCUUUAAAAAUAAAACUUAGUUACUUAGAUUAAAAAUUAUUUUGAGAUUUCUAACGUUAAAAAUUUUUUCCCAACCAUCAUAUUACCCUAAUAUCUUUUUCAUUUCUUAUAUCUUUGGACUUUAAAAUUGAUCCCGAAAUUGUAUAAUUUAUUAUAUAAUUAUUUUAUCUAGUCUCAAUAUUAAGUAAUAUUAUGAAUUAUUUUUUUUAAAAAAACUUUUACGUAUAUUUAAGAU